CAAAGGAGCAAAAUGGUGGAUUCCCGGGCUGGAGAAUUACACAUUGGCGAUCCUGCCAGGAGGCUGGAUUUUCCAGUAGCUUGACGAAUCUCUUUGUUGUAGUUGUCCGGGAAUCAAUCAUUUCGCAGUAGGGAGGAUUAAUUUUAACAAAUAUUUCAGAUCGAAAUAUUACGGAGUAGUGAUUUGAAAAGAAGUACAAGUGAAAACCGCAGCCUGCUUUUCUUUUUUGGACUACAGCAACCCACCGCGGGUUGCUAUGUGGAAAUCGUCCGUCGUUAGCAUACAAAAUGUUAGAAUUGUGAAAAUCGUUACUUUUUCCUUUGCUAUUUGAAAAUGUUAAAGUGAACCUACCGUGGGUUACCAUAGUGAAAUCGUCCGUCGUUAGCAUACAAAAUGCUAGAAUAGUGAAAAAUCGUUACCUUUUUCUUUUCCAUUUUCCAUUUAAAAAGGUCAAUAGUGUGGCUAAAUUAGUAGCGGAUCGAGACGACCGCACUUGGCCAAAUUAGAAGCGGAUCGAAACGACCGCACUUGGCUAAAUUAGUAGCGGAUCGAGAAGACCGCGUUUGGCUAAAUUAGUAGCGGAUCGAGACGACCGCGUUUGGCCAAAUUACUAGCGGACCGAGACGACCGCGUUUGGCCAAAUUAGUAGCGGAUCGAGACGACCGCACUUGGCUAAAUCAGUAGCGGAUCGAGACGACCGCACUUGGCCAAAUUAGAAACGGAUCGAGACGACCGCACUUGGCUAAAUUAGUCGCGGAUCGAGACGACCGCACUUGGCUAAAUUAGUAGUGGAUCGAUACGACCGCACUUGGCCAAAUUAGUAGCGGAUCGAGAUGACCGCGAUUACUUUGAACAGUAACGGAUCGAAACGACCGUGUUUGAUUUAGUUAUUAGCGGCGUGAGACGACCACAUUUUGUUCACUUUUAUUUCGUUGGCGACGGUUCAGGACGACUGUGCUUGAUAAUCAUUAGACUUACGUUUCGAUUGUAUCCUAAACGCAGUCAGGCCAUCCAUCAACGGCAAAAUUCAAAGGCAUCUUGAGACAACGCGUAUGGUGGCCUGGCAUGUCGAAGGAUGCGGAGGCAUGGGCGAAUUCAUGUGCGGUGUGCGUAACCAACGGAAGACCCGAAAGGCCUAACCCCAUGGCAAGAGUUUUCACCCCUGAUUCGGUGUGGGAGACGGUCGCCGUAGACUUCAAUGGGCCCUAUUCGAAGUUCAAUAAUGUUUCAAUCCUGGUAAUAGUGGACUACCGGUCCAGAUAUCUGAUUGCUAAACCGGUUAGAUCAACAAAUUUUGAGCAUAAAUAAUCCGUUUUGGAUAAAGUUUUCGACAGAGAAGGUUACCCGAAACACAUAAAAUCGGACAACGAUCCUCUUUUCAACGGGGACGGAUAUAAAUAAUAUUGCCUUGAGCACGAUAUUCACUCCAUCUACUCCACACCACUGUACCCACAACAAAACGGCCUGGCAGAGAGCUGCAUGAAGCUGAUAAAUAAAGCAAUGACUGCGGCGGCUUCAAAUGGGACAAAUUAUAAAACUGAACUGAAAGCGGCGAUCCAUGCCUACAACGCUGCUGCACACUCCGUCACACUGAUACCACUAGAGGAGGUAAUGACGGGAAGAAGAAUAAAGCGUGGACUGCCUCUCCUCCGUCGCGGAAAAGCUACGUUCGACGAUAACCUACUGAAUUCAAGAGAUCGAAUGUCCAAAAUACAAGUAAAGCGACGAGAGGACACUAAACGUGGUGCGCGUAUGUGCCGGGUUAGACCAGGAGACACAGUAGUUGUGGAACGUCAUGUUCGUGCGAAAGCAGAGUCUCGAUUUGAAAAACAAACACAGUAAUGAAAGAACAAAAUGGUAUGUUUGUCUUAUGUGACGAAAACGGACAAAUUUUUAACCGGCACGUAUCACGGACAAAAAAGGUGAGCGAUUGGAGGAAGUCAGAAGGAGUGAUGAGCACAGCUGACGGUAUUGGUAGAGGAUCUACUACAGAACAGUCCCCAGUGCAAAGAUCUACAUUGCAAUCAGACGGAAUUCAGCGGCCGACGCGGGAGGGACGUAAACCAGCCUACCUGGAGAACUACGUUCAUAGUGUAGAAGAGGAAACGAUCAAACUGAAUUGAAUUAAUCAAAGAAAUCCUAUGGAAAACAAAAUAAAUCCUAUGGAAAAGGAAAAUAUUUGUUCGGUUUUGUUUAUUACAAGGUUUUUUUUUCUGUUUUCUCUUCUCUUUGGAGAGGGGGGAGAUGUGUGGAUGCUCGAAUGUAUGCUGGUAGCACUGCAAGGUACCGAUAGCUUUAUGACAUCCGCCCCAGUAUAUACACCCCUGUUAUGGCAUCUCCCCUGGCAACGCAUCAACAAACGAUUACGGUCGUGCGACACCAAGCUCCGUUAUCGGGCUCUUUCGCAUUCAAGCAUUAGCCCAGUUGUUGCCGCUAAUCCUAGUAUGCGUUCCACUACAAAUUUGUUGAUAAUCAACUUGGCUGCAGCGGAUCUCUUGUUCAUUAUAUUUUGUGUGCCAUUCACUGCAACCGAUUAUAUACUCUCCGAAUGGCCAUUCGGAUUACUUUGGUGUAAAUUUGUACAAUACAUGAUAGUGGUAACCGCUCAUGCUAGCGCUUAUACCCUAGUGUUGAUGUCUUUAGAUCGUUUCCUAGCUGUGGUUCAUCCGAUUACUAGCAUGACAGUUCGAACGGAGAAAAAUGCAUCAAUAGCGAUUGCGGUUACGUGGUUUAUUAUAGUAACCACAGGAAUCCCUGUGGCAAUCUCGCAUGGAGUUCUUCGUUAUCCCAGUCGGGGAGAUGAUUACACGGCUUGCCUAUUUCUCCACAAUCAGGGAUACAGCUUGAUUGCGUUCCAUGUUUCAUUUUUCCUGUCAUCGUACGUGAUUCCUUUGAUGCUAAUAUCUAUACUGUAUAUGGGAAUGCUGGUCCGUUUAUGGAAAGGUGCUCCAGGAGGUCGAGCCUCAGAUGAAUCAAGGCGAGGAAAAAAACGAGUAACGAGAAUGGUCGUUGUAGUGGUAUUCGUUUUUGCAAUGUGUUGGUGUCCAAUUCAGGUCAUACUUGUGUUAAAAUCUUUCGAGGCGUAUGAAGUCACACACUUCAGCAUCAUCAUUCAAAUCGUGGCACACGUUCUUGCAUAUACAAAUUCAUGCAUCAAUCCAGUGCUUUACGCUUUUCUGUCCGACAACUUCCGAAAGGCGUUCCGCAAGGUGAUAUGGUGCGGGAAGCCCCCUUCACUUAUUCCACAUGGCCCUCAAACCAAAACAACCCGAACUGGAAACGGCACAUCCAAUGCAGAUGGUUUAUGAGUGGAAGGUGUCGAAAAAGAGCUCCCUGAAAAGUACAUCGAAAUCACAAGUGUUUGAUGAGAAAUUCCACCUUGCAGAGAUUUGAAUACAAGUUUUGAGGAUGCCAGCAGAGUUGGAAGAGUAUGUCUUACGUGCUCAAAAAGUUGGACGAACAACUGACGAUUAGCAAUCAAGUUAUUGAUUCAUAGUUGAUAGUGUGAUUAUGGCAGUUUUAUAACACUUCUAAGUGUAACACAUAGAAAAUUCAUUGAUAGCUCAAUAUAAAUUUCAACAAAAAUAUAGAACAAACAAAUAUACUUUUUUACAAAGAUUCUAAUCCGGUUAUUGAUGGAUAAAAGCUACAAUCGACGCCAAAAAAUACAAAAUAUCCCGAGUCCUCCAAACAGCUCAACUUGAGUGUUACAUGAAUAAAUUGAAGUCCGUUCAUCAAAUAUCAACUAGACAAACUCAUUUGAUUUAAUGCAUCCGCUCUAGAAUUAAAAUAAUGAGUAACUGUAGUGUGUGUGAACGCCUCCAAUUUCACAGUAAAACAUAGUUGUGUAGUUAGUAAUUUAUAUAUAUAUUUUUUCACCAAGUCAGAUCCGCGGUGUUUUGGAGUACAAUAUUGUGAACCAAGAUGUAUUUUUCUAAAAAUUGCCAAUGUGACGUUAGCACCAAAGCAUUACAUGCAUUAAACUUUAAAAAAGUGUUUAAAUCUUCGAAAAUUUAUACUGUUUGUAUCAAAAGAUUGAAAUUUUUGAAUGUUUAUACGGGUAAUAAAAUUUUAAAUAUAUUGAU